AUGCCUCUCAACGACAACCGCGCCCUGCGCAUCCUCGACCAUGCCGCCGAGAACCACUACGCCGUACCAGCAAUGUGCUGCUACAAUGUCGAAGGCAUCCUAGCUACCGUCCGAGCCGCCGAAGCCAAGCGCUCCCCAGCUAUGAUCCUCCUAUUUCCCUGGGCAGUGCACUACGCAGAUGGCAUCCUCGUACACGCCGCCGCCGAAGCCGCGCGCAAAGCCUCGGUCCCCGUCACCGUGCACAUGGACCACGCGCAAACACCGGAGAUCAUCCGCUACGCAGCGGAUCUGGGUGGCUUCGACAGUAUCAUGGUUGACAUGUCGCACUACGAGAAGGCGGAGAACCUGGCGCUGACGCGGGAAUUGGUUGAGUACUGCCAUGCGCGGGGGAUCGCCACUGAGGCGGAACCCGGCCGGAUUGAAGGUGGAGAAGAUGGGGUUGCGGACACGGCGGAUUUGGAGGGGUUGUUGACGACUCCCGAGGAGAGUCAGGAAUUUGUCGAUACAGGGAUUGAUUGGCUCGCGCCUGCAUUUGGAAAUGUUCAUGGCGAAUAUGGGCCGCGCGGCAUUCAGCUUGAAUAUGAUAGACUUCAGUCUAUCAAUCAGGCUGUUGGAGGACAGGUGCGGCUCGUUCUACACGGUGCGGAUCCGUUUACGCAGGAGAUCUUUCAAAAGUGCAUUGAUUGUGGCGUGUCCAAGAUCAAUAUUAAUAAGGUCUUGAAUAAUCCUUAUAUUCAGGUUCAGCAGGAGAAGGCUGGCAAGGUGCCGCUGACGACGCUGUUGGAGGAGACUACGAAUGCGAUGCAGAAGGCAGUUGAGGGAUGUAUUGAUCGGUUGGGCUCUGGUGGAAGAUACCCUUGA